AUGCAAGUUACAGAGGAUGAACAGUCUCAAAAUGUGACACUAUUGUCAAGAAAACGACGUAGUACAGACAAUAUCACUGAUACUCCACCUGACCAUACCACGGCCAACAUCAGUGUUGUUAUAGUAACAACCGGAUGUAGAGUUUAUGACGAGCAAACAGAAUCCUGGGAUCCAAGUGGAUGCUCUGUGUUGCCCUUUUCAUCUUUAAAUGAAACGGUGUGCCGGUGUUCACCUGGGGCUGGAACGCUGUUUGCCUCAACCUUUGCAAUUCCAAAUAUGAUAGAUUUUCAUACAGUGUGGUCUAAAUUUGAUAUAAUGAAUGCUGCAGUAUAUGGUACUCUGAUCGCCGUCAUUGUGUUGUAUUUUAUUAUGUUCUGUAUCCUUAGGAGACUUGAUAAUCGUGAUACCGGUCAGUGUUUACCUACAUUUUUAUUGGACAACGACUUCUUUGAUACCCACUUCUAUAUGAUAUCUGUACAAACAGGGCUGCGAGCAGGGUCAGCUACCUCAUCAAAUGUCAGUUUUAUACUAGGUGGUACAGAUGCGGAUACUGGGGUUAGGUCUCUUAGUGACGGUAUUACUAAGAUACUCAUAACAAACAGCACAAACAAUUUCAUUCUUGCGACACCCGACCCUCUGGGAGAUCUUGUAUAUCUACGUAUAUGGCAUGAUAAUAGUGGUGAGGGGAAACUUCAGUCCUGGUACUUACACAGAGUAGUCAUUACAGACCUACAUACUAAUGACAAAUAUAUAUUUCAGUGUGAUCGAUGGUUUGCAACUGAUAUUGAUGAUGGAAUGGUUGAACGGAUCAUUCCUGUUUUAAAUGAUAUUAAUUCGGGAUUUGAAUCGGCUUUUUCUCAUACAACAAGAAUUAAUGUAACGGAAAACCAUCUUUGGUUAUCUUUGGUACUGAGACCUCCUUACAGUGCGUUUAGUCGUGCUCAGCGUCUGUCUUGUCUGUUGGCAUUGUUGUUACUUGCUAUGAUAUCAAAUGCUAUGUUCUUUCAAACGGAAGCAGAGACAGUGGUGAUGGCCGAUACUGUAAGGCUUGGAAGUUUGUCAUUUUCUUUUAAAACUUUAUAUAUAUCUAUAAUAGGUGCUGUGAUAACUGUACCUCCUAUAUUCUUGUUCACAUAUUUAUUCCGAAAUACGCGACGACAUCAACGACAAUUAAAGAAAGAACCAACUAUUAUAACAAGCAAUCCAAAGCUGGCGGCCAUCAAUCAGGAGAAAAAUCAGUCUCAUAUAUCGUAUGUCGAUAAACUGAAAACGAUACAAAAGUUACGUCGACGUACCAAUGAGGGAGGAAAGGGUGGUAUUGUCUGUCAUCAACAGGCUAAAUUUCCACCAUGGAUGAGAAAUAUUGCAUGGUUAUUACUAUUUAUUGUUUGUGCGGCAUCAUCAUUCUUUUUGAUUCUGUACAGCAUGGAAUGGGGUAAAUCGAAGUCCGAGGAAUGGUUGACAACUUUCAUUUUAUCGUUUGUAGAAUCGAUCUUAAUCGUCGAUCCAGUUAAGGUGUUUUUGUUGGCUUUUCUAUUGGCACUUAUACUGAGGAAUCAGAAAGAUGACCAGGAACUCCAUGUAGACAUUGAAUCGGUUAGACAGUACUCACACGACAAUGCUGGCCUAAGAACAGAAACACUGAAAGAUUUCAAAAUGGAAAUUUUAUCGAACACUGAUUCUGAGCAAAAAAUGGAAGAAAGAAAGCAGCAACUAAAAAAGGAAAAAACAGCCAAAGACGCUUUCAUGAAAUUUGUCAUUCAUAUAUUAUUUGCCGCUAUAUUGUUCAGUAUAAGUUAUGUAAACAGAGACCAACGAUCAUUUAAUGUAAAGACACACAUCUCAAAUCAACUGUAUACAUCCACGAAUACAAAAUGUGGUUUCUCAAAGGUAACUUCAGCCAAACAGUUUUUGUCAUGGACUAGAGAAGUUUUUGUCCCAGUGCUCUUUCCAACAGCAAAUUAUAAUGGACAGUCCAUCAGUGUUCGAGAUAAAUUUCUAAUGGAUGACUUCACAAGUGCUAAAAUUGGUCUUGUUAGAAUGCGCCAAGUGAGAGUGAAAAGGGAAAAGUGCGACGUUCCUGUUAACAUAGUAGCCGGACAUUUCUGUGGUGGUAAAUUUGAUACCAGCAACGAAGACAAAUCUGAAUACUGUGUUGGUUGUCCAAAAUCACUGACAACAGGUGCCUGGACAUACACAGAAGCUAAGGAUAUCUGGGGCAUUUCAAUUGUUGGACAUUAUAAUACCUACAGUGGGGGUGGUUACAUUCAGAAUCUUCACAACGAGAAAGCUACUACUUUGGCCAUUGUUGAUGAGUUAGUUGAACAUUUUUGGAUCGAUAGACUGACCAGAGCAGUUUUUGUAGAGUUCACACUUUACAAUGCUAACGUAAACCUUUUGUGCUAUUCAAUAUUUUUGGCAGAGUUUUUAGAGACAGGACAUGGGACAAACUGGGUCGAUACACAAUGUUUCAGACCAUCUUUUCUGACUGACGCAACUGGUCUUUUUUCUGUUUUAUUUUAUUGUUUGUUUAUUGUUAUAUUACUUUAUCGAACAAAACUUCUUAUAACUAAUAUGAAAAACCAAAAAUGUUCAUUUUGGAAAGGGUUCUGGAAUGUAAUAGAUGCCUUCAUUUGUUUUCUCGGAUACUCUGGAAUAGCUGCAUGGGUUGGAAAGUUCAUUUACACAAAGAAGGCGUUGAAUCUAUAUUUCAACAAUAAAGAUGUAUUUAUCAAUUUUCAACAUAUUGUUAUCUGGGAAUAUGUCUUCAGCAUAAUACUGGGAUGUCUAGUUUUUAUUUCAACAUUACGAGUAAUGAGUGCGCUAGAAUACAACAAACGAAUGACGGCGCUUGCAGAUACUUUACGUCAUGGCGGAGGUGCAAUUUUUCGGUUUUCUGUCAUAGUUUUUAUUGGUCUUGGAGCAUUUGCUGUUUUGGGGUAUUUGUUAUUUGGUCCUGCUGUUUAUGAAUACAGAAAUAUUUUUGUGACUUUUGGAAGUUUAACAAAUACUCUUAUUGGACGGAAUAGUCUCCACUCAAUGAUAAGGGCGGCUCCAACUUUUGCGGAAGUCUACUUCUUUGUGUAUGCCUUCUUUGUUAUCUUCACUCUGUUGACGAUAUUUGCUGCAGUUCUCAACGACAGUAUAUCGCAUGUCCGACAGGAACAACUACAGCAACCAGAACCUAUUGGAAUACUGAAUGUGAUGAAGAACAGUAUCCGAGAUAUGUUUGGUCUAGUUGGAAUCCACAUUAAACGUACAGACAACAAGGAUAAAAGGAAAGAAGAAUCCAUUCAUGAAAACGCUGUUGAUACUCCAAAUGUAUUGAAACUGAUGAGAGAUGUGAUAACAUUAAAUCUUCAAGAAGAGAGCAAAAACAACAUGUCUUCAAAAAUCGAGUGUUUUAAGAGUUCAAUGGCUUUAUCUAGACAGAAUAUAUUUUUGCCAUAUAAUCCUAGCCGAAGGACAUCACGAGAUAAAGGCAGUAAUGGGGCGACUUAUGUUUCUGGCUAUGAUGAAACUGAUUUUGAAAAGGAAUGCAUACCAAAUACUCCUAGUCAUGAUUACAUGGGUUUCGGCAGCAGGGAUUCACUAACACCAGAUGAAUCUUUACGGGAGAAUACAGCAACACCGCGUGAUAUAGGAAUUAACUUUUAGUACAUUCUACUUCAAAGUUUAUAUGUUUCUUAUUAUUGUUUAGAUCACAGAACAGUAUAUUACAGUUAAUCUAUAUAUCUUGAUUACUACUAGUUCCAAAAUUGAUUAAAUACUAGUAUGUCAAAAAAAAUUGCUAUCAAAAGAGAAAAUGCAAUUACAAGUUUAUUCAUAAAAUGACGAACCACGUGUUCAGUGAUGAUAAUUUGUCUGAAAACUGCAAAAUCCUCCAAAAAGGCAUGCGAUACAUUUUUAUUGGAAUAUACUUUUUUUAACGUACAUAAUUCCGGACUUAAUUAACACCCUAGAAUAAAUCUACGGUAAGAACUUUACACAUCACAAAUAGUUUUUGCAAAAUUUCUAGCUGUAUUUUCAGCAAUAGUCGACAUUUGUUCUCUCACUAUUUCAAUUAAUAUAUAUAUUUUUUAGGAGUUGCCAGUAGUUCUUAAUUGUUACAUUUUUACCUUGUAAAUGGUUCGUCCGUUCAAAAUUGUUUUUACAAAAGUCCCUGGCGAGACAUGUAUUACUUCAAAGUUUUACAUAAUAUUAAGCAUUUUUGUUUGCCGUUUUCUUGUGCUUGUAUGCUUUAUGAAUGUUGUUCAGUAUAUAGCAACUUUACUAAAUAAAUCUUUAGAAUUGAA